AUGGCUUCCCCCAUUUUAUUUUCAAAGCCACCUCCAGGCUUUAAUGCACUGAGCAUCUUUAGGGGUAUUCAACUUGCAAUCUUUGGUGGUUUGCGAACAAUUUUGAAUCCUGAAAUUACAGCUGAUCUAUGGAGAACUUUCUGGAAAGUUGUUGCGCUUUCUCUCGUGUCAUCUGCCUUGUAUUUAGUUGGUAAUCUUCCUUUUCUUACCCUGACAAUAAUUUUAAAGGUCUCCGCUUUGAUACGAUUAAUUAAUUCUUCAACGUCAGAUCAUAUAGUAGAAUUUUUAAAAUUCUGCCAAUUUGACCUUUUGAAUACCACCCCUUACAUUAUAAUGGGGUUAAAGUACUUGGACAAUGACAUUGAUUCCUUAUUUUGGUCCAGCUUGCACUAUCAUGAUUCGAUAAAUCACCAGGCACAGGGACGAAAUUCCUCAAAUCAAAGAAUAUAUGCUUUGAGAUUUGAUUGUACUAAUUAUAAGUUUGCUUCAAGUGGUGUUCUCGUUUCAAAAUCGCCGGCAUUUUUGGGUUCAUUCAUUCAGAAAAUCGUGCAUCUUUUGAAGUCGCAAAUCCCAUGGAUAUCCAAUGCUGAUUUUUCAGUUAAUCAAGAUAAACUAUCACCAUUGGAUCACAAGAGUGAGGCUUUAUUGGCCAAUUUUAUGGCUAGCUAUUUUAUCAUCACAUCCAGAAUUGUUUUUACUUAUAUCUGCUGGAAUAUUCCAUUCAUUGGUCGAUUUGCAUUUCCCGUCCUUGCAUUUCAUUUACUAUAUGACACUGCUGGAAGCAUUGCAUCUAUAUGCGCAUCUUUUCUAUGCCUAAUUCUUCCUGUGGAAAGUUUUGCUCUUCCGUUUGUCACCACAUUUUCAGCAUCUCGUCAGUUAAUGAAUAUUCUAUUGGAACCUUAUUUUGAACGGCUCUCAUUUACUAGGCAUCAACUCGAUAGGUGGUAUCUCUCACGUGUUGGUUGUUUAUUAGGAUUUGGCCUUUUUUAUUAUUACUUAAUUCGUACACCACGUUAUCUGAUUGGUGUCUACACUUUUGCAUUGGCCGAGGGAGCGACUGCUUUUCUCAUUACCAACAUCACGCGCCCUCCUCCUCUCCUUACAAGCACAAAAAUAGCAAUUGAAAAGUUUGAUAAUGGUGAAAGUGUUGAACAUAUAAAGGAAACACUUGCACCUUCGUCCAGUUCCACUAGACUUGCAGAUCUCAAAGUUUUAACAGAUUGGACGGACGAGCAAUGUGACUGGAUCAGCGGAUCUUACAAAGAAUUAGAGUUUAUGCUCCACAAUAUAGAUUUCUUUCUUUCAAAAUUGCACAAGGAUGUUUAG